AUGUUUGUAAUGGGAGAGUUUGUUUAUGUUGUGAAGGGCAGGUCCAAACACACAGGCGGCUGUUUUUAAGACAGUGCGCGAAGCAGGAAUCCGAGGAUAUGUGGUUUACCUCAUGGCAGCCACAACAUGUUUUCUUCUAUCCUAGGAUCACCUAGGACCACUUUUUCAAGAAAGUUACGAUUGUGAAGACUGAAGGACAUGAUGAAAGCAAGGUGAAUGGGUUAGUGUUUGUGGGAUCUACUGCUUGCAACACCUCCUUGAGAUCUGCAGUACACACCAAGAGACGCUGCUGAUUGCUUCUCAUGGACAUUGACAAAGAUGACUAAAAAACCUCUCACUGGAUAGUUAUUGAAAUUGCAUUGGUGAGGAGCGACAUGCUGCACCAUAACAAGGCUCCUUGGAGAUAGAGGAAUGCAAAUCUGCAAUCAUGAUGGAAGGAUUGAAAAAACGCACCAGGAAGGCCUUCGGGAUACGGAAGAAAGAAAAGGACACUGACUCUACGGGGUCACCAGACAGAGAUGGUGGAUCACAGAAAAAGACCAAUGGGGCUCCAAAUGGCUUCUGCGGGGAGAUUGAUUGGGAGAGAUAUAACUCGCCUGAGGUAGACGAAGAAGGAUAUAGUAUCAGGCCAGAGGAGGAAGAGGGAGCAGCCCCCAAAGAGAAGACUCACUUUUUCUCCUCCAGUGAGUCUGAAGAAGAGGAGGACCACCGCAAAAAGUUUAAGAUCAAAAUUAAACCCUUGCCAGCAGACGCUAACUUUCCAGCGCCCUCGGUAGAUGAAUUAAAAGCCUCCAUAGGCAACUUAGCUCUGACUCCCUCGCCUCUGAGGAAUAGUCCGAGACGUAGCCCGGGGCUGGCAAAAAGAAACCCUAGUGAAGAAAUUGCACGACCGAGACGUGUUGUUCCAACGCCCGCACCAGCUCUUGCCCCGUCUACAACACCUGCAUCUGCGCCUCCACCUGCGCAUGCGCCUGUGCCCACUCCAGAGCCUGCUAGUAAUAAGAAAUCUCCGGUGCCAGAGGAUGCAACAGCCUUAUUCGGCCCUCCCUUGGAGACAGCCUUUGAUGAGCAGAAGACCAGUGAAGUGGUGAUAGAGGAACCUGAGGUUUGGGGUGCACCCCUGCCUGAGCAACACCUAGAAUCCUCACUGGCAACACCUUUUUCUACAGGAACUCUGCCUCCGCUUCCGCCUAAGAAUGUGCCGACCUCCCCUCCUCCGAUUGAAUCUCCUGCUACAGAGCCUACUGAUGUACAGAAAGAAGAGGAAAAUUCAAGGCCGACCUCACAGAGGCCCUCUAUAACUGAUCUGGACAACAUCUUUGGUCCAGAAGACUCUCCAAAACCUGGUCAAGAUGCUGAAGACAAAUGGGUUUGCUUCAAUGAUGCGUCACCUGAAAGACUUCCUCCCUCUGAAGGAGGAGUGCUAGCACCUCCACUCCCCUUGUCUCCACCUCCCCCAGCAGAACCAGCACCCCCACUACCUAAAUCACCCCCUCCAUCUGAGGAGCCGAACCUUUCUUUACCAAAAUCUUCACCUCCUGCUGCAGAUCCGGCACCUUCUCCUCCUUCCAGUGAGUCACACAGGGAAAGCCCCCCACCUGUUCCAAAUGUUCCCAAAGAUACCACUCCUUCUCCUCCAACUGUCCCGCCCCCUCCGGUGGAAGAGGCCCCGGCCCCACCGACACCAGAUGAUCUUUUUCAAUCCACUACGGACUUUUCGUCAUGUGCUCCUCUGACAGAGACCCGAUCAGACUCAAUCAACAGCCCGCCGAGCACUGUAGAGACAAGUGUACGCACAAUCCCUCCACCCUUGGUUCUGAACCAAGAGGACGAGAAAAGCCCUGAUGAGAUUCCAUCAAAAGAGGACCCCAGUGAGAGCAGCACUUCACCCAAAGAGAUUUGUCAAGGACCACGUUCAACACCUCCUCCUCCACCACCUCCUACAUACAGGGCGGUAGUUUCAUCACCAGGGCCCAUUCCUCCAGCUAGUACAGGUGGAAAUGAAAGUGGCUCCUCCUCCCCUGUACGCCCAUCUACCCCUUUGGCUACCAGCAGCUCUCCCCCUCCCCCUCCCCCACCUCGGCCACCCUCACGACCCAAACUGCCUCCAGGGAAACCAAGCGUAGGGGAUGUGAAUCGGCCGUUCAGCCCCCCUGUACACUCGUCAAGCCCCCCUCCUCUGGCUCCGCUGGCCCGUGCGGAGAGCACCUCUUCCAUCUCCUCCACCAACUCUCUGAGUGCUGCCACCACUCCCACCGUCGGUAAAGAGCUCUCCGUGUCUGUGUCAGAAGAUGACGCUUUUGUAGACAAACUUCCCAACUUUGAGAGACGGGCAGACGUUCCAGCAGAGACAGACCAGCCCUCCCUCGUGUGGUUUGACAGAGGCAAGUUUUAUUUAACCUUUGAAGGCUGUUCUCGAGGGCCCAGUCCCCUCACCAUGGGGGCCCAGGACACGCUGCCUGUGGCUGCAGCUUUCACAGAGACAGUCAGUGCUUACUUCAAAGGAGCUGACCUUAAUAAGUGUGUGGUGAAGAUCACCGGAGAGAUGGUGUUGUCCUUCCCAGCAGGCAUCACAAGGCAUUUUGCAAAUAACCCCUCGCCCGCUGUGCUAACCUUCAGCAUAACCAACUACAGUCGUCUGGAACACGUUCUUCCUAACCCACAGUUACUGUGCUGUGACACCACGCAGCCAAAUCCAAACUCAAAGGAGUUCUGGGUGAAUAUGCCAAACCUGAUGACCCAUUUAAAGAAAGUGUCGGAGCAGAAACCACAGGCAACUUACUACAAUGUAGACAUGCUGAAAUAUCAGGUGUUACCAAAGGGUCUACAGUCCACUCCUCUAAAUCUAGCAGUGAGCUGGAGGUGUGAGCCCACCAGUACCGACCUGAGGAUAGACUACAAAUACAACGGUGGGGCCAUGACCACUCCUGUCGCCCUCAACAAUGUUCAGUUCCUCAUCCCUGUGGACGGAGGCGUCAGCAAACUGCAGGCUGUGCUUCCUCCAGCUGCUUGGAAUGCGGAACAGCAGAGAAUCUUAUGGAAGAUUCCUGAUAUUUCGCAGAAAUCUGAGAAUGGAGGUGUCGGAUCUCUGCUGGCCCGUUUCCAGCUAACAGAGGGACCCAGUAAACCCGCCCCUGUGGCAGUGCAGUUCACCAGUGAGGGCAGCACUCUGUCAGGGUGUGACAUCGAACUGGUUGGCCUUGGAUAUCGUUUUUCCCUUAUCAAGAAGAGGUUUGCAGCAGGAAAAUACAUCGCAGACAACUAAACAGCAUCUUUGAUCCGUGCAAGUCUGCAUAUUUUGGACCAAUUCUGAAUAUUUAACACAGGACAGAUCACAAGCCUGAUCCCUACCUGACCUUAUGGAUAAACCUAUGUAGAUGUACAAUACAGGUGGACCUCACACACUCCAGCAGUAUUAUAUGAGUUGCAUUGUAAAUGUGGACCGUUUUAGGGUGUACUUCUUAUAUGUGUGAACUUUAUUCACUUUGCAACAUCUGUAUUACUGCAGCUAAAUGACCGGGGUUUGUUCGUAAGGUUUAGCCUCUCUAUUUCUGUCCGAUGUGUUAUUGGCUGUGCCUACCUGAAUUCUCUGUAUCCUUCUCUAAAAGUUGAUACUGAACAUGUAAUGUUUUUCUUUCUCUAUGCAUUCAGUUUGUCAAAAAGUAUCACGUUUUUCGAACAAGGUAGCAAAUUAGUACGGUAAACAACUGACUGUCUAAAAGAGGAAUAAGACUCUGCCACAAGAUGGCGCUAUACCGUUGCAUGUAGUAAGAGGUCUUGCUCAAGCGUUUUUAGUCAUGAAAACGUAUUCAGGAAUUUCUCAUUUUAAUUUCCCAGUGAAGUCAGGUUAAUUGAAAAACAAUAGUUUUUUUUUUUUCGAAACUCUUUAUAGACAGCCACAGCUUUAAAACUCUCCUGCUUGCAAUAGACGCACACAAAAAAAAAGAUUUUCUCAACAGAAAAGUCCUUUUAAAUUGGUAAUGUAUGACUUGAAGGCCGCUUGGUGUUUUCUUGUAUUGUUAAAUAGCCUUUCUGUUUAUUCCCAAGGGAACAGUGUUAGACAUCAGAGUACAUGACAUCACUCUAUUUUUAUUUAUUCAUUAUGUGUUGUAUAAAAAAAGAAACAAGUUACACUGUAUAUGAAUAGACUUUGAAUGGUAUCAUAAUUUAGGAUCCUUGAAGUUUUUUGACUUUUUGUUAUCUGUGUAGUCGGGUAAGCUGUGUACAGUAUAAUGCUAAGGUAUAAUUUUUAAAUUUAUUUCAGAUAUAAGUUUUUUAAUUCAAGUGCAACAGAAAAUUUACGCUAUAUAAAUAUAUAUAUGGGUUGGGGUGACAUUUAAAAGAGAAAAUGAAACGGGAUACUGUAUCUACCUAGAUGCGUCAUGCUUAAUGUUAUUAUAGUGUUAUGUAUAUUGCAGCACUAUUAGUUCAACUAUGAAUUGUCAGCUUUUGGACAUUGUAAAUUAUUUUCUCAUUCACGCAGAUGUGUUUGUAUCCAGCCUCUCCCCUCAGUGUUCUGAGCAUGAGCCCCUGCGCUUGAGAACCUCUUUAUUUUGCAAAUGGUAACGGUCUCUGUGAGAUGACAAGGUUCUUGAGUGGUUCAAUGACCAAAUUUUUUUUUCUUUUUUUUUUUCUUUUCGUUUCGUUUGUACGUGUAUCCAGAAUUGUCCUUUAAGAGAAAAUAAGCUGCAUAUUUUUUAAAUGUUUAAACCUAUGAAUAAAGUGAAAAAUAUUGUUUCUUGUGAAAAAAAAAAUGAAAAGGACAAAAAAAAAAAUUGUGUUACUGUUUAACUUCCCAGAUGUUCUGAUGUUCACUGUCAGGAACAAACAUUUUGGUUACAUCUUUGAGUGUCUGAUGUAGACGUUGUGAUGGUUUGGAGAAGAUUACUGGUGCUUUGUGAUUCAUAGGUUUCCAUCUACAUUUAAUGUUAAGGAUGAGCGGAGCGUCGCCGUCCGUUAACACUGCAUUGCAUAUUUUCUGAGCACUGUAACUAAAGGGUUUUUUAUUGCACUGAGUUUAGUCGAAGAACAACUAGGAGUCUCUCAGCUGAAAGAAAAAAAAAAGAAACCUAUGAGUUCAAUUCUGUGUAGUGCUUAACCAGUAUGUCUACAUGGUCCAAAGUGAAAUGUCACUCAGAUGUGCAAAAGAAAUGAGAAAACUCAUGUCAGUUUGAUGGUGGAGCUGUGUGUGAAAGUUGAAUUGUGUGUGUGUGUGUGUGUGUGUGUGUCGAGUUGUGUCUGUGGAGUGUGUGUGUGUGUGUGUGUGGGUGUGUGGGUGUGUGCGGGCGCUGUCUGGUAACUGUAAAUCAUCUCUUCCCAGAAACAUGUGCAACCUGUGUUUGUACAAAAAAAAAAUGUUAAAGAUCUGAGAUUACUUUGCUCUUUCCAAAACAAUAAAACAUAUAAGCCUGAUAAA